CUAAUGUUCGCUGUUUGUCAUGCUUACUUCGCUCCUCUAAAUCACAGCAUGACCAGAAUGCUGCGUCCCCAGCUUGUGCUUGGCAACGCUCAUUCACACUACGUAGAGCAAUCUUCCGUGGGAACGAUUCAUUGACUCUCACGAUCCAAGAAGCGCUAAUUUUGAGCGAGAGGAUACAGAUUGUGAUAUAAGCUGUUGUGGUAGUCUGAACUUCGACGACCCAUAGUAAACGCUAACACAACACAAACAAGUACAAUAUUCGCAAUGUCUUCAGAAAAGAGCCACCGCCUAUACGUCAAAGCCCGCCAUGUCAGCUACCAGCGCGGCAAACGCAACACGAACCCCAACGUGAGCCUCCUCACGCUUGAAGGUGUCGACAACACGCAAGACGCGCAGUGGUACCUCGGCAAGCGCGUCGCGUACGUCUACCGCGUUGCAGGUAGCAAAGAGGAUGGUCCUCGCGUGAUCUGGGGCAAGAUCCGCAGGACACAUGGCAAUUCGGGUGUCGUCCGCGCUUCUUUCGCGAACAACCUCCCGCCAAAGUCGUUUGGUGCUAGCCUAAGGGUUAUGAUGUAUCCCAGCUCAGUUUAAGAGUCGAUGGAUGGACCGGAAUAGCAUUGGGACGGCGUUGAGGUGAUUCGGAACGGCUAAAAGCCAUAAUGGAGAUUGCAUUCUACAUUUUAUAUAUUAUACCCAGCACAAUGCAAAAACAUUUCA